AAAGAUGCUACACCAGAAAAUCGCAUACUCGAAUCGGAGGUGAUCGGUACUCCGUACUCGUUAUGGCUUCUCAUGCGCAUUUUGACGAUGAUUUUGAUUUCGGAGGCGGAUUCCCUGCAAGGCAUUCAGGUAAUAAGAGGCCUUCGCCGGAUUACGACGAUGAAGAUUAUGAUAAUGAUCCUUUUGCGCCUAAGAAGACCAAAUCAAAAACCGAUGAGGUUGCUUCUGGUGUAACAACAGGAAUGAUCUUGUCACUUCGUGAGAGCCUUCAGAACUGUAAGGAUACACUUGCAACGUGCCAAAAUGAACUUGAGGCUGCUAAAUCCGAGAUUCAAAGUUGGCAUUCUUCAAUUCAAAAUGAGCCUUGUGUACCUGCUGGUGCCACUCCUGAGCCCAAAAUGUUACUUGAUUAUCUUCAGGCCCUGAAAUCCUCAGAAGAGUCUUUAAGAGAGCAGCUUGAAAAGGCAAAGAAAAAGGAAGCUGCGUUCAUUGUAACAUUUGCAAAACGAGAACAAGAGAUAGCAGAGUUGAAGUCUGCUGUGCGGGAUCUAAAAGCACAACUCAAGCCACCUUCAAUGCAGGCAAGGAGGUUGUUACUAGAUCCAGCUAUUCAUGAAGAGUUCACGCGUUUAAAGAAUUUAGUAGAGGAAAAGGAGAAAAAAGUGAAGGAGUUGCAAGAUAACAUAAAUGCAGUAAGCUUUACUACUCAAAGCAAGAUGGGGAAGAUGCUGAUGGCUAAAUGUAGAACUCUGCAGGAAGAAAAUGAGGAGGUUGGGAAUCAUGCUUCUGAGGGAAAGAUUCAUGAAUUAGCCAUGAAAGUUGCAUUGCAGAAGUCCCAGAAUGCACAAAUCAGAAGCCAGUUUGAAGGGUUGCAGAAACAUAUGCAAGGACUGACAAAUGACGUGGAAAGAUCCAAUCAAACGGUUGUAAUAUUGCAGGAAAAAUUACAAGAUAAGGAUCAGGAGAUCCAAAAACUGAAACAAAAGCUCCAACAAAAGAACUUGAUGAUGGAAGAUGGAAGAUCGGAUGCAGCAGAAAAUUUUAUUGAGAGUGAUAAGCCGGAAGUACCUAAGGAAGCUGCCAACUAGUAUAUCUAUCACCAAUUUUACAGCAGAC